CUGGAAUACAACAAAAAAAAAAGCGGAGAUGUCACCAGUUGUUUAUGUUGUGGCAGUUUUUAUAUAUGUUGGAUUCAUUCCGGAUGAAGUAAAGGGGAUAUAUAUGGAUAAGCUGGCAGAGAAGAAACUUUGUGCUGAUGAUGAAUGCGUGUAUACACUGUCUCUUGCUAGAGCCGAAGAUGAUUACAAUGCUCCCGACUGCAGAUUUAUUAACAUCAAAAGAGGAGACCUGGUGUAUGUGUAUUCCAAGCUAAUAAAGCAGGAGGAUGGCGGAGAGUUCUGGUCUGGAAGUGUUUACAGUGACCAAUACCGGGACCAGAUGGGGCUUGUUGGUUAUUUCCCCAGCAGCCUAGUUACAGAGCUUCAUGUCUACCAGGAUUUAACCCAAGAAUUGCCUACAACAGAUAUUGACUUCUACUGUGACUGAGUGGCAAGUGACCGUGAAGAUCCUUAAAAGAAAAAAAAAUCCCUCAAUUCAUAUUCCAUUUAAUACCCAGAUGAGCAGAUAAUCCACAUAAAGAAGUAUGGUAUUUUGGGGAAAAAAAGAAGAAAAUAAAUAAAUAGUGCAAAUAUAAUUAAAGGGGUUGUUCACCUUUGAGUUAACUUUUAGUAUGAUGUAGAGAGUGAUAUUAUGAGACAAUUUGCAAUUGGUUUUCAUUUUUUAUUAUUUGUCAUGAGUCAUAAAAAGUAGCAAUAAACUUGUAGCCUUACAGAAUAUUUGUUUUUUUAGAUGGGUCAUUGACCCCCGUUUGAAAGUAAAGAGUCAGAAGUAAAAUUUAAACAAAUGAAUAAAUACUGAAGAACAGUUGAAAAGUUGCUUAGAAUUGGCCAUUCUAUAACAUACUAAAAGUUAACUUAAAGGUGUAGCACCCCUUUAAGUGAAGGGCAGGGUGCACAAUCCACCAUGUUUUUUGCACUUUGCCCUUCUGCAGGUCAUUGGUCUCCAAAAUGGAGUGCAAAGACCUGCAUCCACCCCAUGCAUACAGUGCUGCUUGCAUUAAGCAGUUCGGUAUUCAAGAGGAGCUGGCAGAGGAGAAGCCAAUCCUGUCCACUAACUUACUCAUCAUUCAGACGUGUAAGUUAGAGAGCAACGACAUAUUGAAGCCCUGUACUUACAAGCAGCCCUACGGCAAGCAAUAAGGACAGGGUUGCUAAAGUGCGUUGCACCCUUCACUGUUGCAUUUUGCACUUAACUACACAUUUCCUAUCCGGCACUAUGUUCAGAGUGAAGCCACACAACAUACACAAGUGCUUUGUAGAUGAACACCUAGAAGCACACUUUUGCACCCCUUACUGCUCUAGCACUUGUGUCCAGGACAAGGGCACCCCUAUAUGAUGUAAGGUGAGAACAUUGCCUCUGGCAGCAGCUCCCCUCAAGGCACUGCUGCUCCUCAUAAGUUUAAGAGGUGAAUUUCAGGUUAUUAAACCGGAAAAUUGGCUAUUCUAGUGCAAAGAGUGCAGUUGCCUCUGUGCUGAAUCACCAAUGGUCUAAGGUCAAAGUAAAACACCUACUUCUUUAAAAAUCCAGUUUUUCCAGUGGGUGCAACUAUUUUACACAAUAUUAACAUAUCAGCUGAUUUUAACAUAAUAAGCUGUUUGUAAUAUGUCAAACUUUGCUAAACGUAUGUUUAAGAAAAUAGCUUAGAAAAUGAUAGAAGUGAUUAUAAUAUGGCAUACGUUGUGUAGCAUUUAUAUAUUUUAUACUCAAAUUCUCUGCUGGGUUCAGUUUGCUUUUUGUAAACUUUAUAUCCCAAUAUAUAAGUAUAAUGACGGUUAUAUAAUAAGAGCAACAAAUAAAGCUAAAAGGAUAACACAAAAUAGCCCUUAAAAUCA